AUGAACUUACUAUUUAGCGAAAUCUUGCUUAAUGUUAGAAAUUUAAAAAAUUUUAUAUAUGAGCCACAGAAAUCUGAAAAUAUUGAUAUAAAGGAUCAAAUUCCGGCUAGUUUUGGCCAACUAAUGGCAUUGCAGCUUUCGUUUGGGUCAACUCGGAACCCUCUACUAUCUUGUUUCUUACUGUCAGGAUGCUUGCUUCAGCAGAGCUACUGCCAGUCACACGAACUUUCCUUCUAA